AUGUCUUCCCCUACGACAACGUUGAUGCCCUUUGCGCAGCUGCCGGCUUGCGCUCAGCAGUGCGGUGUCCUCUUCGAUGCCAACGGUGGCUGCGUUCCCCCAGCUGCCGCCGCCGCCGAUGAGGCGACCUACGAGAAAUGUUUCUGCAGCUUCGGUGCUCUGCAGCCGUGGAAGACAGCUGCAACCGGAGUCUGUGAGUAUGCCAGCUGUGAUGCCGCUGGUUUCAGCAGCAUCCAGGGAUGGUUUACCUCCAUGUGCAAUGCCGUCGAUGGAGGCGCUGCCCAAACAUCAUCAUCAAAAUCUUCUUCCAGCACGGGAGGCGCAUCAAAGGGCUCGUCUGGUGCCAACAACGGCAACGGUGGUGACUGGCUCUCCAACCACUGGAGAUGGGUGGUCAUGCUUGUCAUCCUCGUCGUUGCCAUCGCCGGCAUUUGGGUUGGUGCCUGCAUUUGGCGCCGCCGCUAUCUCAGGAGAAAGGACCGCAUGUACGAGCUUGGCAAGCACGCACACAAGGGCCCCAGCGGUAUCAUCGCCGGCUCCGGUGUCAAUGUUAACAAUGCUGGCCUCGCAUCCGGUCCCGGAUCUUUUAUGCCUGGCCCUCCUCCUGCCGUCUAUGAUGAGAAGCCGCCCAAGGAGAAGAAGAGAUGGAUCGUCAACCAGCGGACGUAA